GAUGCGCUUCUCGUUCCUCACUUGUCGAGGCAAAAUGUCGGUGCUCAGCUGUUUGCGUUCGGGCUCUUCUGCUCUGAAAAAUGCCUCGAAUGCGGGUAAAUGCUUGACGAUAGUGAAGCGAGAGAUGGGCAGCCAUGGCCCAGCGAAGAUGUUCAUUACACCAUCCCGUUGGCAGUGGCACAAGUUCAAGGACAUGUUCCACUUCUAUGUCAUGCUUGGACUCAUCCCUGUUGGACUGAUUGUUUUUGCUUCGAAUGUGUUCAUCGGUCCAGCAAAGCUUUCUCCCAUCCCUGAAGACUACAGCCCAAAGCACUGGGAAUUUUAUUCGCACCCAAUAUCGCGCUUCCUAGCAAGAUUUGUGUAUACCAGCCAUCAGCAGGAUUAUGAAAAGUAUCUUCACUUCAUGUAUGAGGAAAAUGAGAAGAAGCAAAUGAGGCUUCUGGAAAAGAAAGUGCGUGAUCUGAUGGCUGAGCGUGGUGAUACCCAGGCUUACUACUAUCGACCCAUCUUGACCAAGUACCACCACAUGGUACGAGAGCAGUACCAGAACUUGAAGGAUACUAGGGGGCUCUAAGUAUUGGUUUCAGCUAUUCAGAAUGUUAUUUAUUAUAGAAUUUUGUUAGUGAUGUGGUAAAUAGAGGGAAAAACACCAGUAAAUUAUGUUCCCAGCUAAAGAAGAGGUAAAAAUGACACUUUCAGUUUACUUCAUAGACAUUGUAACAUGGCAAAUUUUAUUAAGAAAAAAAAAAUCUGCCAUCAACAGCUAAGGUCAUUACCAAGGUAAAUUUGAGUGAACUAGCAUUGCCCUUAGAGAUAAAGCAUUUUUUCUCUAUAUGGAUUGUAUAAUGUAAAUAAAUAUAUUGUAUGUUUUAUUAAA